GAUGGGAGGACUGGUUGUUUAUUUGGACACCAUAUUGGUUCCCUUCAGUCUCUUCCUUACAGCAGGUUACCAUGUCUAUCUAUGGCUUAACUUCAAGAAGAAGCCCUUUAGUACCAACAUUGGAAUCAAUGAAAUAAAGAGGAGAGCAUGGUUUCGUAACAUACAGGGUGAUAAUAAGAAGGGUAUGCUGGCUGUACAAAGCUUGAGAAACACUAUAAUGGCUACCUCAUUCACUGCUUCAAUAACAAUUCUUCUUAGCGUGGCACUGGCAGCUCUAAUCAAUAAUUCCUACAAAGCAAGCGAAACAAGCCACCUCUUUGACAACCCUAUUUUUGGCUUGCAAUCUGGUGGGAUGUUUGCUGUAAAGUUUGGCUCAGCAUCACUUCUUUUGUUGCUUAGCUUCUUGUGUAGCUCUAUGUCCAUUGGGUACCUAAUCGAUGCCAAUUUCUUGAUAAAUGCUGCUCCUGAAUUCUCAUCACCUGAACACACACAGAUCGUGUUCGAGCGAGGGUUCAUGUUGGCUUUUAUCGGUAGCCGACUUCUAUGCAUUACCUUCCCUAUGUUGUUAUGGCUGCUUGGUCCAGCGCUAGUUGCUUUGUCCUCAAUGGCACUAGUUUGGUUGAUGUAUGAACUUGAUUUUUUGGGGAAAUUCAAACAAGGUGACAAGCAAAUUGGAGGUGAACAGAACAUGUACGCAUGAUUUCAAAUAUGAUAUAAAGAUGAAAAACUGAACUUGAUUGGAAGAGAGAGAAAAAGGGUCAAGUUCAUGAUGGCAAAAAAAUUCUCAAGCUUGAGUCAAAAACUUUAUAAUGAUGUUCAAGCCUCGGUAGGCAAGAUAAAACUUGAGCUUGACUUUGUAUUAGAAUUGAAGACUUGAAGUUACAAGGAUUUUCUUCUUUUA